GCGCGGUGGGCGUGCCCGAUGGCCACGACCCGAUGAGCCUCCAGCGGGGCCAGGUGGCCCAGAACGCCACGCUGUCUGACAUGGGCCGCGUGGGCGCCGAGCAACUCCUUGAGGCCAAGCUGCGGAUGCAGGUGGGGGACUGCCUGAAGAACGGCGACGUCAGCGACCACGGCCACGCCUCGGGCGCCGCCGACCCCGACGUUUUCAACAGGCCGUGGACUCACGACAUGCACACGGUUCAGGACUCGGAGGAGUGGGGCGCGCGGGCGCCGUACGAGAUGGCAGCGCCGGGCCAGAGGGUCAAGGUGGCCUUCCUGAUGUUCGCCAAUGACCACAUCGACAACGAGGACACCUGGACCUACUGGCUGGAGCAGGCAGGGGCGGCGGACCUGCAGUUCUCCAUGUACGUCCACGCGUACGGCCUGCCUCCCCGGGGGAACUCGACCUGGAAGAGCCCCUCCUUCACCCCGUACCUCCUCCAGCAGCAGGUGCGCACGACCUGGUGCCAGAUGUGGGAGGCCCAGAUGCUUCUGCUCGAGAAGGCCGUGGCCGACCCCACCAACACGCACUUCCUGAUGGUCUCCAGCGACUCGGUGCCCGUGAAGCCGAUGAAGUUCAUCUACUCCGAGCUGUCCAGCAGGCCCCGCUCGAAGUUCUGCGUCGACGACUACUGGCGCAAGCCGUGGCCGCGUGCGGAGACGUGGGCCGUGCUCCGGCGCGGGGAUGCGGAGUUCUUCGUCGAGAACAAGAAGUUCGCGACCAAGCACUUCCGGCGCGACUGCGAGGAGGAGACUGCCUGGUACUUCCCGCUGAAAGCGCGCUGGGGCUCCCACGGAGACGUGGCCGCUGUCGACAGGGAGUGCAUCAUGUUCACCAACUGGAAGGACGGCGAGAAGGCCUGCAAGGAGGAGUGGUCAAAGAACGCUGACAAGUGCAACUGCCCACAGCUGCGCCAGAAGAGCGAGAACACGCCGGCCGGCUUCAAGCACCCGGUCGUGUACCACAAGAUCCCGUCGGCCGGCUUCGAGGAGCUCGUGCGGUCUCCCUUCUGGUUUGCCCGCAAGAUCAGCGACGGGGCGCUGGCUGCCGACGUCCAGGACAUGCUGCACGAGAAUUUCACCAGCAAGCCGGCUCCGAAGCGCAGGCGCUGGCGCAUCUUCCGUUGA